GACCGUUUCGUUUCUCUUUCUGCGUUUUCUGUAUUAGACUUGAAGUCGUUCGUUAACAACCAUGUCUGGAAAGGCGAAGGACAUCCUGAACAUGGACCUGUACGGGUUACUCGGCAUCGAAAGCUCUGCUACAGCGAAAGAGAUCAAGAAGGCUUAUCGACAGAAAGCCUUGACGUGCCAUCCAGACAAGAACCCAGACAACCCCAAAGCAGCGGAGCUCUUCCACCAGUUGUCCCAGGCUCUCGAGGUGCUAACGGACGCCGCUGCUAGGGCUGCCUAUGACAAGGUUUGUGCUGCCAAGAAACAAGCAGAAGAAAGAAACAGGAAACUAGAUGAUAAGCGAAAAAAAAUUAAGCUUGACUUGGAAGCCAGAGAGCGACAAGCAGAAGCUCAGAGCCAGAGCGUGGUGCAGAUUACAAGAACUCUUGAAGAAGAGAUCGCCCGUUUGAGGGAGGAGGGAUCCAGGCAGCUUGAGGAGGAACAACGGCUGGUCAGAGAGCAAAUCCAAAAAGAAAGAGAAGCGCAGCUGCAGCAAACGGGGGACUGCCCUCAGAGAAGAUCAGACAGAUGCUCCAAUAACAGCGGAGUCACCCCAAAACUGAAGUUGAAGUGGAAGUGUAAGAAAGAUGACGAAUCAAACGGAGGCUAUGCUCAGGAUGUUCUGCUGAGACUUCUACAGAAGUAUGGAGAUGUUUUGAAUGUGAUUGUAUCUAAUAAGAAGAAAGGAAGUGCUGUGGUUGAAUUUGCAACUGUUAGAGCAGCUGAGCUUGCAAUUAAGAAUGAAAGCGGCCUGAGUGGAAACCCGUUGAAGAUUUCGUGGCUAGAAGGAGAACCUGAGGUCACGGCUCCAGCGUCUCAGCCCGGCCACUUCGUGCCUUCACAGGGCUCCCUGACGAACGAGCGGGACUACGAGAGCGUGGUGAUGAUGAGGAUGAGGCAGGCUGCCGAGCGACAGAGACUCAUAGAGCAGAUGCUGAGGGAGGAUGAGGAGGACACGGCCAGGUCAUAACACAGGAGACUGUUUCAGGCUUUAGUUUCAUAAAGCCUCGUACUGUAUGUGUGUGCUUAUUGUUUGUGUAUCUACAACAUUAUGUGGUGAAAUAAAUGCUUUUUAAUCAUUUUAAAGUCA